CGGCGAAUCAACUCACGGAGUGAAUGUAGAACGGAAAACAAUUGCGAAAUACAAUUACAGGGAAGGUCUUUCUGGGUACGGUGUGACGAAUUCUCGUAAUUUAUCAUGGAUAUCGUCAGCCUUCUCAUCACUUUUGUCAGUCUGUUUAGCCUAACAGGGGCACUUCAAUGCUACAAAUGCGAUGACUGUAAAAAAAAUACGGACAACACUGAAACAUGUAAUAUUUUACACCAGUUUGCCAACGCACAAUGUGGAAAAUUCAUUGUGAAUGGAGUUGUUAGUCGAGGAUGUACUAACGAGGCGACGUGUACAAUAGGGGGCGUUUUUGUGAACGAGUGUUCUCCUGGUAACGAGGAUAACUGCUACAAAUGCUGCUCAACUGACCUGUGUAAUGCUGCCACCUCGAGUGUCAUCUCUGCCUCAGUUACCAGUUGCUUCGUUAUCAUUGCUACUACAAUGACGAUGUGGCUCCUUAAGUAGGGACAUACAUGCAAAAACUACGAGUGAACAUCAACCAAGCAUAGAAUUCGCAUAGUGUUAAGUUUUAACUAAUAUGUAAAAGAUAUUACUUCUUUGCCUGGUCAAUUUUAAAUUAUACUAAUACUAC